CUUACCUAACCUAAUAUCUGCUUAGGUAUCGACUCGUCGCUAUAGCAUCAUCCGUUUCUUCAACACCCCGCCUCUUGCACAUCAGCUUCGCCCCGCUCGCCCACCAUGGCUUCUCACGACGACGAUACUAUGCCCGAGGAGACUCAGGGCUACAAGCUCUCUCAGCCCAAGCAGAGUCUGGCUGAGUACCAGCAGAUGGACGCCGGCGAUGAGUCUCUCCAGCGAUACAAGGAGUCCCUCGGUCUCGGCGGGGGUACUGACAUCUCCGACCCCAACGACCCCCGAGUCUGCAUCAUUCUCUCCCUGACCAUGGACUCUCCUGGCCGCCCUCCCGUCACCAUCGAUCUCUCUACCCCCGGAAGCGAGACCACCCUCAAGGACAAGCCUUUCAACAUCAAGGAGGGUGCCAAGUUCACCAUGAGCGCCAAGUUCAAGGUCCAGCAUGAGAUUCUUAGCGGUCUUCACUACGUCCAGGUUGUCAAGCGAAAGGGUAUCCGAGUCUCCAAGGACUCGGAGAUGAUUGGAAGCUAUGCUCCCAACACUGAUAAGCAGCCCACCUACGUCAAGAAGUUCCAAGAGGAGGAGGCUCCUAGCGGCAUGCUUGCUCGUGGUCACUACAACGCCAUCUCUAGCUUCGUGGACGACGAUAAGAAGAAGCAUCUCGAGUUUGAGUGGAGUUUCGACAUCGCCAAGGAUUGGUAAACACCAAUACCUUGAUAGCGCGACCCGACGACAUAACUCAAAAAUACAUAUCACACACGUCAUGAGAUAAUGAGAUACCUGAAUAUCGGAGAAGAAUUUUCACACAAAAAACUCACAUAAAGCAAAAGAAACCCCCAUUUGGGCCGGAGAAAGGUGGUUGCUCUGUUUCGUAUCAUCUACUCGUCACUGACGAGGCAGUACUGAGCUCGGUUUGGAGCUUCAAUACUGCAGGA